UGUUGAAUGGCAGAAAAAUCUGGUCCAAAACUUAUCAUCGAAAGAAAUACCAGAGGAUUAUAUGCGGUUUUUAUCAUAUGGAGCUGGUAUGAAUUUUCCUUUUUCUAGUGGAAUAGUAAAUACGAUUGCAGAUAUUGAAGAUGCAAUUUUUCACUGUAAUCUUCAAAAAGAAGAAAAAGAUGAAAUUAGAAUUAAAAUUUGUGAAGAUUUAAAAAAACUGGAAAUCAAGAAAGGGCGCAUUCAGGAUCAUAGAGCAAGACAUUAUAUAGAGAAUAAGAAACAAGAAAUAAUAUCUGAAGGAAGUUUUAAAAAGUUAGAAAAAGACCCGUUUAAUGAAAUACAAAGAACAUUAACAAGAAAAUUGAAGAAAUUUGUGAAAGAAGGUCAUAUCCAGGCGAGUCAAAGUAAAGAAAUACUUUCAAAGGAAAACGUAAGAAUUCCUAAAUUAACUGUCAGAAUUAAAACACAUAAACAAAAUAAAUGUAGACCAAUCAUAGACUUUAGAUUCACAUUAUUAUAUAAUUUAGAAAUCUUUAUUAAAAAGAUAUUACAGGAUAUACAAAUUUCGAAAUAUGCAGUUAAAAAUGCUGAUGAUUUAAUUACAAAAUUGCAAAAAGGUGUAAUCUUGUCUAAUUAUAAAUUGAUGAGUUUGGAUAUAACAUCUAUGUACCCUUCUAUUACUAAAGAUAUGAUUUUGAGCAGUUUACGUAAGUAUGGUGUUCCUGAUUAUUUAAAGGAUUUAAUUACUUUCACAUUAGAUAAUAAUUAUUUUACAGUGAAGGAAAAGAACUUUUAUCGACAAACAGAAGGUAUUUCGAUGGGCUCCGUAAUAGGACCGAAAUUAGCAGAAAUUUAUAUGCUGGAUGUGGACAUGAUUCUUUCAACAUUAAAUGGAGUUAUGUUUUUUGCAAGAACAACAAAUAUAGAUAAAAGAAAAGAAGAAAUUGAAGAUACACAUAAGAAAUACAUCUUAAAUGGAUAUCCAAAAAGAUUACUAAAUGAUUGGUUCCACAGAUUUUUAAGAAACAGGUUUAAAGUUAAACGUUGUCAAGAAAUAAUAAAGUAUGUAUCAUUUCCGUAUAUAAAAGGUAUUUAUGAAAAAUAUAAUAACUUCUUUAAUCAUAAAUUAAUUAGAUUGGCUCCAUCCUUAAAUAACAGGUUAUCAAAUAUGAUGAUCAUCAGAAAUAAUGCUAAAGAUAUAUUAGAAGAAGAAGGUGUUGUUUAUCGGAUAGAAUGCACGUGUAACAAUCCUAGUUUUUACGUCGGUGAAACAAAACGAAGAUUAAGGAUCAGACUGUCGGAACAUUUGGCUGCCGUAAGGUUGAAAAUGAGUAAUUCUCCUGUCUUCCAACAUUGUAAUAGUAAUAAUUGUCAGAUUAAUAUUAAUAAAUUAAAAAUAAUUUUUAAGGAAAAAAAUAUUGUAAAGCGAAAGGUAAAAGAACACUUCGCUAUAAUUAUGCAAAACAAUAAUGUUAAUUUAAAUACCGGAAUGUUAACAGCGGCAUGCUGGGAGUUUUUUGUUAACUGUAUAAGUGGCUCUUCAAUGAGUUGACUGUUUGAACGUAGAUUUUGUGCUGUAAGCCCCACUGAAGAGGCCAUAGGCGAAAUGCAUUUGGGAAGCUUGUUAGUAAUGAUGUAAAUAAAAAUUUUUUUCUCUCUGCAGAUUAUUUUCUUUUUUAUACCUUUUUAAACUCUGUUUUUUAAA